AUGAAAGAAAUGAAAGUCAUGAUGCUUCAAUUAUUGGGAAAGAUGACUAAAAAUGAACAUGUCAAAACAUCGCCAUCAUCAGUUGAGGGAAUGAUGAACACAGAAAAAGAAGAUAUUUUGAUUGCUGGUGGUUUCUCGUUUGAUUUCAAAAAGAAUGCUGAAAUAUUUUCAUGGAAAGAGAAGGAAUGGUUUGAGACUGCAUCAAUGGAUUAUGAACCCUUCACUGCUUCAUCAUUUAUUUAUAACGAUAAUUUAUUCGUUGUUGGAGGUGGCUACAAGUCAAUGGAGACAUUAAAUAUAAAACAGCUACCUUUGACAUGGAGAAGAUUUCCCACAGAGUUUCCUUGUGUAUGUUGGGGUCAUCAAACUGUUGUUUAUAAACAACAAAUCUUUUUCAUUGGAGGAUGGAUUGGUGGCAAAGGAUCUGAUUUAAUCAGUGAAAUGAAAAUUACUGGUACAACAUCUCUUGUUUUGAAAGAGUUGUGUCAUAUGCCUGAACCACGUCAUGGCCAUGGAGCUGUUGUUGUUGAUGAUAAAGUUCUUAUUUUUGGAGGAUAUGGAAAAGAUAAAGUUUUGUCCAGUGUUUUGGAGUUUGAUCCAAGGACUCUUACAUUUAAGGAAAUGCCUCCAUUACCUUAUCCAUUGACUGCAAUGGCAACAGUUCAAUGGAGAGAUCAAGUUGUUCUUCUUGGAGGUGACUAUGAUGGAGAAUAUUUGAACAGUGUUAUCAUGUAUGACUGCAAUACAGGUAAGAUUACAUUCUUACCAUCCAUGUUGGAAAAGAGAAAUCAAUGUUUUGCAGUUAUAACUGGUGAUACAAUUGUUAUCAUGGGAGGUGAGAAUGAAAAUGGUAAAUAUCUUACAUCAGUGGAGUGUUUCAAAAUGGGAAGUAGUUCUUCAUGGACAUAUCUUCCUUCAAUGAAGAAAUCACGAGUUGGAGCCAUUGCUGAAGUUUUACCUUUUGGGCAAAAUUAUGUCUAA